AUGGCGUCGUCGACUCUGCGCUCCAGGACAGAAGCUGGGGAAGGCGUCCUGCCUAUCGACACGCUCUAUGAGAUCCUGAUCCGCCUUCCAGCCAAGGAGGUCUGCCGCCUCCGUGUCAUCUGUCGGCCGUGGCGAUCCCUCCUUUCCGACCCGCAGUUCAUCGCCGCUCAUGCCACCCGUCACCGCCGGCCGCUCAUCGUCGCAGGCCACGACAAAUCGUAUCGUGAUGACGGCAUCCUCUGCGACAUCAUUGACCUCUCAGGCCGGGUCAUUAAGCAGAUCAUCCGCUCGACAGAGGACGAGUGGCUAAUAUCCACCCAGCGCAACCUCGCCUGCAUCGCGAAAGGGACAAGCAAGAGCUGCCAGUUGCUCAACCUAGUCACUGGAGACAGAUUUUCCUUGCCUGAAGGAUUGUCCCAGGAACACACGCCAAGGAAGCUCGACUUCAUGAAUUACAGAGCUUCCGUUGCAUUGGGACAGGUUGCCUUGACAGGGGAGUUCAAGUUGCUUCGUGUGAUUGAUAAUGCCUUCUUCAACAGCCGCUACAUGCAGCUGUGCGAAGUCUUCACACUCGGUGGCAGCGGUGAUGCUCGGUGGAGAGGAAAGAAGGCUGCUGAGAAUCAUGUUAAUAUGAGCCCGCUGAGCAGAGUCGUCGUCGAUGGAGUUGUGCAUUUUCUAUUGGAUGAGAAUCUGAUCAACAGACAUGUUCGACCAAAAGGCAUUGCUUCGUUUGACCUUCUAACAGAAGAGUGGAGGUCAAUUCUCCGAGGACCUGUAAGCAUCCCUGCUUACUAUUCUAAUCUUUCUCUGGCUGCCCUUAAUGGAUCCUUAGUUCUGGUCCAUUGUAUGUUACAUGUUUCAAUGGACCUGUGGUUGCUGGUGGACUUUAAGAAGAGCUUAUGGGUCAAAAAACAUGCCGUAGAGAUCAAUUUGAGUGUCCGUGAUGAAUUCCUUGCACAUCCUUUGGUGAUACUGAAGAAUGGGAGCAUAGUUACUUAUAUUGGAUCUAGAGGAUUGUUGAGGAUUUAUAAUCCAAGGACCAACACUUAUACAGAUGUGGCAGAGAUGGGGUCCCGUGUUGGAAUUGGUUUGUACACGGGAAACCUAUUGAGCAUAGCAAAUGAUGCCACUUAA